AUGCUGCUGCUCCUUCUGCUCACAAAUGCUUUUGUCCUUCUGCCCUGGGCUGGGGCUGGUGAGAUCAUUGGUGGAUGUGAAGCUAAGGUCCACUCCAAACCCUACAUGGCUUAUUUAGAAGUUAAAAACGCAACAAACACUAGUAGGUGUGGAGGAUUCCUGAUUCGCCCAGACACAGUGCUCUCAGCAGCUCACUGCAUGGAUAUAGAAGUGAUAGUGAGCGUCACUGUGAUUCUGGGAGCCCACUACAUAAGUAGCCAAGAACCAAGCCAGCAGGAGAUCCCUGUUGAAAAAUGGGUCAUUCAUCCUCAAUAUUCCCGUAAAGGCUACAAAAAUGACAUCAUGCUGCUGAAGCUGAAGAAAAAAGCCAAGAUCAAUGAGUAUGUGCAAUGUAUCUCCAUUGCCAAGGCAAAUGAACAUGUGAGAGCAGGAGAUUUAUGCACGGUGUCUGGCUGGGGCCGGACAUCUCUGUACCCGCCGCCGAGUGAUGUCUUGAGAGAGGUGGAACUGAAGGUGCAAAAGGAGGAGAUCUGUCAGCAGUUUUUCCUUUACUAUCAGCCUCACUCUAUGAUCUGUGUUGGUGAUGAAAACAAUAAAAAAGCAUCUUACAAGGGUGAUUCUGGUGGCCCAUUAGUCUGCAAUAAGAAGGCUCAUGGCAUUGUUUCUCAUGCACCUGUACACAACAUCUUCCCUGAGGCAUUCACCAGGAUCUCGUACUUUGAGCCCUGGAUCCAUCAGCAGCUGAAGAGGUUUUCUCUCCAAGAUAUUCCUUGCUUUCCGUUGUCUGAAUAAAAUGCUCAUUGCCCCUUCUCCACGAUGCAUCCAACACCUGCUGGUGCUCACAAGCUCCCAGGGGCAGCUGAAGUGGAGUCAGAGAAGCCCCUGUGGUGCAGGCACAGGCUUUGGCACUAACGACAGUCCUCGUGACAAGCUGUAAAAGCAAGUCCAAAGUGCACCCAGCUUCCCAUUGCUCCCUUCCUUUCACUGCUGCUCCAGCUCUGCUUGUGGCCAUCAAUAAAAGUAUGUUCAAACUCA